GGACGCAAGAAAGCAGCAAUAUUUUGGACAACUUACUAUCCCGUAUGGAGCAGUAUGCUAACAACUUGGAGAUGUUAGUCGAAGACCGAACUAAAGACUACUUGGAAGAGAAGAAAAAAUGCGAGGAGCUCCUGUAUCAAUUGCUACCUAAGUCAGUGGCCUCUCAGCUGAUCCAUGGCCAAUCAGUAGUGGCAGAAACCUUCGAGCAAGUCACCAUUUACUUCUCUGACAUCGUCGGCUUCACCGCCCUGUCUGCCUCUUCCACUCCGAUGCAAGUCGUAGACCUACUAAACGACCUGUAUACCUGCUUUGAUUCCAUUGUUGAGAACUAUGACGUUUAUAAGGUGGAAACCAUAGGCGACGCGUACAUGGUAGUGUCAGGGUUGCCAGAACGCAACGGCACGCGGCACGCUUGUGAAGUGGCGCGGAUGGCGCUAGCUCUACUGGAUGCUGUGAAACGGUUCCGCAUCAGGCACCGACCUCAUGACCAGCUCAAGCUGAGGAUAGGACUCCAUUCGGGUCCAUGCGUAGCCGGAGUGGUAGGUCUCAAGAUGCCCCGCUACUGUCUCUUCGGGGACACAGUCAACACGGCCUCCCGUAUGGAGUCCAACGGAGAAGCCUUGAAGAUCCACGUGUCCCCAGACACGAGGGCUCUGCUCGAGACAUUCGGCACCUUCCACCUGGAAUGCAGGGGAGAAGUUGCUAUGAAGGGUAAGGGCAUCCUAAUAACAUAUUGGCUGCUAGGAGAAAUUAUAGAUCCAAACGCGCCUAAAGAAAAACCAUCACUUACAAAAGCUCAGACACAGUCAACUGAGAGUUCAGUAUCUCAUCUCACUCCAUUCAGAAAUAGAUUAGACCAAACCUCAAGGUCUUCCAGUAGACGGGGAUCAGGCGUCUUCAUCCAAAAAGGCAACGACAUAGCCAAACUGGAAAAAGAAGCUCAACCUCUCCUGCAAAACCUUAAAAUGCAGAGACAACACUCGGAUCCUGAUCCAGUCACCAACGGAGUGAAUGACAGCGAAGAACUUGACAAAGUUAGUGUAGCCAAUUCCAUAUCACUCAAUGUAAAUUCGCUCAACCACAACUCCGUUAGCCAUAGCCAACCCAGAGUCAAACUGAAGGACUGUCAGAUGAACUCGGUAGGCAAUCACAAGUCGAAUAAAGUAGGUAAUAAUAAUUGGAUCGCUAAAAUGCCGACGGCAAGUUCCUUUGAUAAUGGCACUAAAAAACCUAGUGAGCAUUUGAAAGAUUAUAGUAGUGUGCCGUUACUGUCUAAAUCUGAAACGCUUAAUGAUUCGAUCGUGUGAAUUUUAAGUUAAAUGAUACGGUUUUAAGGUUCAUUUCAAAUUAAAUACGAGUCUAUUUCUUUAAGAAUUGACUAAAAACUUUCACACAGGUAUUAUUUGUGUAGCUUAGACAAGUUUGACAAAAAGAUGAUCAAGGGAGUACUUAAAUUAUUUUAUCAGGAUAAGUUUUGAUUAAUAUGCGGCAAGCACUUCAACCUACCACAAAAUUUAGAAUUUAUCCAAAGGAUUAUAAUUUUUAAGCCUUCAGUAUAAGGGUUACAAUUUACAAUCAAUUAAGAUUUUUCGUGUCGUGGUAGGUUAACUGUAUGUACUUAAUAUUGAAAAUCUUGUAAAUAUAAGUAUCAAAAUGUCCUAUUUUUUCCACUUCUCGAAAGUUGUUAAAUGUGACCUACUGCAGUUUCUUCUACUUUAUGGUAAAAGUGUAAUUUAAGAGAAAAUAAAAUAGCACAUGAAGAGAGAGUAAUUUAAUUGUAAAAUAUUGAUGUUAACAUUAGAUUAACUUAAAUGUCCCAAUUCAAAAAACUUUGUGCUCAUUACUUGUGUAUCAAGUCUUUAGUACAUAAUGUACUUAAAAUAUAAGAUAGCUUGUCUCCUAAACAAAUUCUUGUGAUAAAUCAUAUAUUUGUUUUCAUUUACAUUGUUGCAAUUUUAUGUUUUUGUUUUAAAUUAUAAAAAAAAACAACAUGGACUGAUUUAACUAUUUCCUGUCAUUUUUAUUUAUUUUCAAUCAUAGUUUUUAAUUCACAUUUAUUUAUCCGCUUGCAGCUGUUAUAUUCCCUUUAAUAUUUAUUUGAAAUUUGUUAUUUUUUUUGGGCGUAUUGUAUUCCUAUACAUUCCUGAGCUUCUACGUAUAUACGUAUAUCCUGCCAUAAGUGUGAUACUUAACUAUUUUAACUUCAUUUUUGUUCUUGUAGAAUUUGACAAUUGAAUCGAUAGAAUUAUUUACAUUGUUGUAAUAAUUAAAAUAUUUUCUAAAACUCUGGGUGUAAAAAAUAUCUAGUGUCGAUUGAAAAUUCUUCUAGAAUGAAUUUGCUGUCGAGUUGUAUAAUUUAUUUAUCUUUUUUUCAUUAGUCACCAUUUGUUAGUAUUGAUAAAUAGGAGAAUAAUCAUUCGUUUAAAGUAUUAUUACCUACUACCAUGUAAAACAUAUUUUAAAUAAUCGGUAUUUUAUCUAAUAUAACAUCGAUGAGACUAGUGUAAAUAUAGUUUGUUUAUUUAUUGUAAAUAUUAAUGUUUUUAAUGUAACGAUGUUGUGAUUUUAGUGAAGAGGUACUCUGAAAUCUGUAUUUAUAAUACGUAGACGUUUACGAGAUGAAUUUUAAUGUUUCAAAGACGUUAUAGCAAAUAAAAAGAGUGAGAAUUAA